GCGUGCGUGCGUCCGUAUAUCACACGCGCCUCGCAUUACAACACGUGUGAAUUGUACUGUGAUUCCAGUGUCAUUUUUUAUUUCCAGUAUCUAAUAUUACCCAUCAUAAACAUAAAUCAACAAAUAUGAGUGCAGAAGUAGCAGAGGUAGCAGUAGAGCAGGCUCCAGUGGAGACCCCCGAGGCCGUGCCUGAUGUAGCAGAGGUCGCUCAAACAGAGGAGAAGAUGGAAGAAACAGCAGCACCAGCAACAGAAGAAACAGAAGCUAAGAAAGAAACGGGUUUGUCAGGGACUGUAGCGAAGCACUACAACGAUCUAAGGGAAGGAUCAGUGUUCGACAGAGCCAGGAGCAGAAUUUAUUACCAGCGCAAUUUCAAUAACUGGAUUAAGAGCAUGAUCAUCGCAAACUCGUUGAAGGCCGUUCACAGAAAGAAGGGUUGCACAGUACUCGAUCUGUGUUGUGGGAAAGGAGGAGAUCUUCUCAAAUGGACCAAAGGACACAUCAAGAAAUUAGUCUGUGCAGAUAUCGCAGCUGUGUCAGUACAACAGUGUCAGAAGAGAUACAAUGACAUGGUAGAGCGUAACAGACGUAGCGGUAACCAAAAGACAUUUGCAGCAGAGUUCAUUUCAGCAGACUGUGCCGAGGUACUUUUAACGGAGCGUUACCAAGAGAAGGACAUGCUCUUUGACCUGUGCAGUUGUCAGUUUUCCUUCCACUACUCGUUUGAGGCAGCUGCUAGGGCCAGGACCAUGCUCAGGAAUGCCUGUGAGAGACUGCGACCAGGAGGAUACUUUGUUGGAACCAUUCCCAAUGGAUACGAGCUUGUAUCGAGGUUAAAAGAGAGCGAUGGUCUGACGUUCGGCAACGAGGUCUACAAGGUCACCUUUGAGAACAAAGAAACGUUCCCCCUCUACGGAUGCAAGUAUGAUUUCCAUCUUGAAGGCGUGGUCGACUGUCCUGAGUUCAUGAUCUACUUCCCUCUCCUUGAAGAGAUGGCUAAGGAGUUUGACAUGGAGUUGGUGUACCUGAAGAAGUUCCAGGAUAUAUAUGAAGAGAACUGUGAGAGUGUAGAUAACCAGGCUCUCAUCUCAAAGAUGCAGGCUCUCGAGCAAUUCCCACCAGAGAAGGGCACCGGAACAGCGAGUAAGAAAGAGGAUGACUACAGCCAUGCUGAGACUAGGCAUACUGAAGUGAUGGGUAUGGAGAACGAAGACAAGAAACCAACAUCCAUCGGUACCCUUUCCAAGUCCGAGUGGGAGGCAUCUAGCCUCUACUGUGCCUUCGCCUUCAAGAAAGCAGGAGACUUCGAGGAAGAGGAAGAAGAGGAGGAGGAGGAGGCUGCCCCCGUCGCCGAGGAGAAGAAGGAGGAGGAGGAGAAGACGGAGGAGGUUGCCAACGGUAACGGUGAGGAAGCUGCUGCUGAAGUGGAAGGUGAAGGUGGUGAGGAGGCAGGUGCAGAGGGAGAGGCUGAGGCUGAGGGAGAAGAAGAGGCGCAAUGAACAGGGAUGGAAUGCAUACAGCUUCAUUGACUACUGUUACAGGAUGUGCAUUGGAAGAAAGGUAUAUCAAACAAGAAAAGGAGAAUCAUCUGUUGGAUUUUGACCGGUUCAGCGCACAUUCAGGGAAAGGGGAUUAAAGAAACGGUAAAACAAUACCUUUUCAUGAAAUACUCCACAGGGCACAUUUACUUUUUUUGAGAGUCAGGAGGACUCAAGUCAUAAUUUCUUCAUUAAUAACUGCCCUUCUGACUCUCAACAGAGUGUUAGUUAUAUCUUUUUGUGUAUUUUUUCCUUUUGUGUAUGUUGUUUUAAGGACACCAUUGAAUUUUUUAUUUUUGUUAAUCAUGCUUAGUAGAUUUCAGCGUGUAAGCUACUCAAAGAAAACCAUGCUCCCAUUUCAUUACAUUUUAAAACGAUGAAAGCAAUGUGACUUGGUGCAGGGUAAGAAUGUAUGUGACCAGUGCACUUGUCUUUAUUUGAUUCUCAUGUAUCAUGAUAUAAUACAGAUGACAUUUCUUACAUAAUGUGUGGUAGCAGUGUAGUACAAUGAAAUCUCUUCUCUCCUUGAUGCCUAGCUUUUAGAGAAUAUCCAGCUUGCAUAGAUACUGUCAUUUUGCAUAUCUUUGAAUUUCAAAUUUUGUCCUGAAAAUAAUGUUUCCUUGUUUUUUUUACUAUUUCACAUAAACUGCUGUUUGUGUAUUUGAGAAUGCUUUUCUGUAUUAAGAAUGAAUGCUGGGAUUGUUGUAUCUUGUAUAAAACUAAUAUGAAACUAAAUGACAUUUGUGUGUAAAGCAGUAGUUUACUGUGUACUUACGGUAUACUCUAAUGGCGGAGGAGAGUUCGCUGUCAUUCAAUAUAAACUGUGUAAAUAGAAUGAAUGUGUUAAGUUAGAUGGCAAUGCACAAUGAAUUCUGAUUGAUGUUAAAAGCUCCAAUUUUGUAAUGUCUCAUUCUAGCUCAGGUCUGUGAAUUUUUUUUCCCCGCAAGGUAGACCGAUGUUCUUUGUUAAGCAGUAGAUCUGUUAGAGGUGUGUCAUAAUUCCAGCACCGUAGGUCCAUGUUUAUCGUAGGGUUUUUAUAUGAGAUGCGCUUGCCCUUGCUUUGCCAUUCAUCCUUGAAAUGCAUACAAUCACGGAGAGGAGGCCAUGCAUGCAUUUUAGGAUAUGACACAAAUAUAGGGAUAUCAUAGUUGACUUUUCAAGUCAGAUGUCAAAAUCAAAUUUCUUGGUCUGACAAUCAAGUCAAAGACAUAUAGGCCUUGAGAUGGGUACUAGGUUUAGUAUCACCCCCAAAUGUUGGUCCUUCAAUAGAGUCCAUAGAACUACACACUAAACCUACCUACUUAAAUGUAUAAAGAAGAUUAUCAAUGGCAGUCAUGUUUAUGUAGUCCCACUUGUACUUCUUCUUGUCAUCCGUGAAUCAAAUUGGUUUGCACUUUUUGUUGUUGUUCUGUGCAUAUACCUGAAUAGUUGUAUGUACUUGUUCUAUCAUGAUGUAGAGAUUGUUUUGUAAUGUUUGAUUUCUUCUUGUGAGUAAAUAUAUCAUCUGCCGACAGCUCGAGGGGCUUUGAAUCGUUUCUUAGCACACAAUGUUGACGCCUUAUCAGCAGACGUUAUAUUGACAUGUAAUGAAUAACAACGUCUAGGGAUAUGUCACAUUGUUAACCAAAUUGAUGAGAUUGAAAGUUAAGUAAGAAAAAGUAACAUCUUGAUCUUGCUUUCACAUUGUACAUUAUGUUCCGUAGUUUUUUUGGUGUAGAUAUAUAUACGGAUUGAUAAUGGGCAUGAUGCGUGUUAAGACUUUAAAAAUGUACCAUAUUUUGUUUUAAUAGCAUGUCUCUCUUUGCAAGGACAUACUGUAGGUAGGCGCUUCUCAAUCCUCUCUUGGCUAUGUAGCUUGUUAAUACAUGUAUCAUAUUGUUAUUGGAGAGUUAGUCUUAGGCGUAGUUCCUUCAAACAAUCAGAAGUACAAAUUCUAGGAUUUUGACUCUGCGUUUAUGUGAUUAACAUGUAGUAGGUAAAUGAUGCAAACACAUAUAUGUUAUUUUCAUGGUUUGUAAAGAGAAAUAUUACCAACACGAUGAUUUAAAGACUUCUUUUCAGUGCCUUUCCUCAAGAUGACUACACUUGUUGAACCGAUUCUCUGCUCACUCUCUCUCUAACAUCCUGUAGGAGAGAGAGAAUUAAAAAAAGAAAUGACCAGGAUAGACUCCCAUGGUGCUCUGCUGCAUCAUCACAACAUUUUCGUCUAAAAUCUCACACUACAAGCCAUACACAAGAGGGCAUUUAAGCACUUCCCUCAUGUUUUUUUCUAGAGACAAUAUCUGUCGAACAAAUAGACAAGUCCGAGGUGUUUUGGCUCCUAUAUUUUUAGCAAAAAGUGAUGGAAUUGUGUACAUAAUUAACAUCAAAAGUGUCAAUUUGGUUGGUGAAUAUAUCAUUUUCUUUGUUAUCUGGUUAACUUUAUGCAAUCUUAUUACUGUUAUCAGAUAACAUGCGGGGAAAGAAUUCCUUGGACUUGUCUCUCCGACUUUAAAUAACAAUACUCUUGAAAGGGGACUGGCGGAUGUAUUUUUUUUUAUUGAAAUGCCCCUUUCUGCUUCCAUUGCAUCUUGUAAGGAGUAAUUGAAUCAUAUUUCGUAAGCUUGUGUGCAUUUACCUUUCAAGUUGUUGGUCAUGGAUCGAUGCAUUUCACUGUUAUGAUUACAUAAGGUAGAAUAGAUAUGUGGUGUGUGAAACAUACUGGAAUUUUGUUUUGUUACUAGAAAUGCAUUCCUUUACCUUAACUGAUGUUAAUAAAAUAUGGAUUCAGGGAGCUCACGUAGAAUUGAUUUAAGAACAAGCAUUGUCUGUUUCCCUUAGUAGCAGUCAAAUGGGAAUGUUAAUCGUUGCAUGGCGUAGGGCUGGCUGGGAGGGCGUUUGUGAACAAAUUGAUACAAUAUUAAGGCUGUGAUGUUGUUGUACAGGGGUUUAUCAACCCAUUUUUUGAUGUGAUAUUAUGUUAAGCACCCAAACUUGUUUGGGAAUUUCUUUUGUAAUGUACAGUUUUUGAUCAGUGGUGUAUGAAAAUCAGCCCAUCCCUGGAGAUUCAUUCUAAAGAAUAUUUUUCCUCCCAAUUUUGUUGGUGUAAAACGCUUUGUUUUUGGUAAUUAUUUGAAGAAAAAAACUUUUUUGUAGUAUCGCUAAGAAUUCUGUAUGGAAUUUUAAAUGUUGUAGAAGUGUAAGGAUAGCUCAAUUAAAAAGACUGGAAUGUAUUCUCAA